UAAUAAAAUAUCAAAAUGAUCGUGAAAUUAUUGACGAUGAUUGAAAGAAGGAUGACGAUUACGUGGAAGAUGAGAAAUAACAAAAAAUGACAAAUCUUUUAUCGUCUAAUAAAAUACGUGAACAUCAAGCAAUGUUGUUCCCAAUUCAGUCAAUUACUGGUACAGCAUUAACGAGUCUACAAACGCCACACGAAUCACAAAUAUUGGAACGUUGUAAGCUUUUAAACGAUAGCAUCGAAUUGAGUUUAUUUUCAAGAUCCCUGGACUCGACGAAAAAUAAAAACGCAAAGGAAACACUUAGAGCAUUAAGCUCGCAAUGUAUCGUGGACAAUAUUGUUCAAGAAAUGGCACGUUGGCCAACGGAAUGUCAAGUAAUCCCAGAAAGGAUUCGUCAUAUAGAAUAUAACCCGGUGAACCCAGAACCGUUUUAUUUAUCAAAUGGGAAAGAACCAUCACCAAAACCAAUAGAUGAUGAGUUAGGUACUGUUAUAUUUCGAUACUGCCCAACUAAUGUUACCAAUUACUUUAGUAGAUCAUGUGUCGGUGGAAACCCAAUCCUAUCGUCUUCCAAUAAAACUUUCAAGGAAACGAAUUCAGGGAACGAAUACACGUUACCAUCUUCCAAGGACGAGAACAACACCGCCAACAUGUUUUUCAUUACCGAUGCCAAUAGCGAUUUAAGAUUCGAGUCACGUUUCGAAUCUGGUAAUCUUGGAAAGGUUGUUAAAAUAAGUGACACUUAUUAUCAACUUUAUUUGAGAAGGGAUCUCUAUACUCAGAGACACACCCAAUGGUAUUAUUUUCAAAUAUCUAAUACAAGAAGCAGAAUUACCUACAGAUUAUCGAUUGUGAAUAUGUGUAAGGAUGAGAGUUUAUAUAACGAAGGACUUAGGCCACUUUUGUAUUCUACUGAAGAUGCUCGAACUAAAUCGAUAGGAUGGAGAAGAUGUGGAGAGAAUAUUAGUUAUUACAAAAAUGCCGAAUCCGACGAGGAAAAGGAAAAACAUACUUUAACAUUUAACAUAUGCUUCCCACACGAUCAUGACAUAGUUUAUUUAGCAUAUUGUUAUCCAUAUACAUAUACAGAUUUACAGGAAUAUUUAACAAAAAUAGUAAGCGAUCCAGUAAAAUCAAGAUUUACAAAAUUACGAUUAUUAUGUCGUACAUUGGCUGGAAAUGGUGUAUAUUAUUUAACAAUAACAGCACCAACUUAUUACGAGGAAAUACGAAGAAAACGUGGAGUUGUAAUCACGGCCAGAGUUCAUCCCGGUGAAACACCGUCUAGUUGGACUAUGAAGGGUAUCAUUGAUUUUCUAACUAGCGAAUCCAAUCGUGCCAAGGAAUUACGAGAGAGAUUCGUGUUCAAACUGAUACCAAUGUUAAAUCCUGAUGGAGUUAUAGUUGGUAAUAAUAGAUGUUCUCUAUCCGGUAAAGAUUUGAAUAGACAGUAUAGAACAGUAAUGCGUGAAAGUUUUCCGUCAGUUUGGCAUACGAAGUUGAUGAUACGAAGACUACUCGAGGAAUGUGGAGUAACGAUUUACUGUGACCUUCAUGCUCAUUCUAGGAAGCAUAAUAUCUUUGCUUAUGGUUGCGAAAGCAAAAGAACUGGAUGUAACGCUAAACUCUCUGAACAAAUCUUUCCUUUAAUGCUUCAUAAAAAUGCUGCUGACAAGUUUUCUUUCGAAAAUUGUAAAUUUCACGUAGAGAAAGGAAAGGAAGGUACAGGUAGAGUUGUGGCUUGGUCAAUGGGUGUACAAAACAGUUACACGAUGGAAGCUUCAAUGGGUGGAUCCAGAUUAGGAUCGAGAUCUGGCACACAUUUUUCGACACAGGAUUACGAACAGAUCGGUAAAGCCUUUUGCGAAACACUCCUUGAUUUUUCUGAUCAAGAUCCGGUCAAGGAGAGAUUACGAACCAAAAUUUUAACGAGAUUGAUCAAAGAAGGAUCAAAUGCCGAAGAACCUACGAAUAUCGAUUUAACCGAUUAUUCUAGCGACGAAGGAGAAAGUUCGGAAAGUCAUGCAUCGGAUGAAUCGAUGACGAAUCCUUACAAUGAAGUACAAAACGAAGUUCAUCCAGCACCACCUCCAUCUCCUAAUUUUGGUUCUACUGGAAGCAUGAAUUUAUUAAAAAGGAGAAUAAGAACGAGGGAGAUGGAACGAAAGUAUUUGGAACGCAAGAAAUUCAAUCUAGAACAGUCAUGGAUUUGCAUACAACUGAUCCAGGAAGUGAUUUAUAUUACAUGACAGAUUGGAUUGACGAUGAUCGAUCUAAGGCAACAGCAAGGAUUAGAAGACACAGAGAA